GAGACGACAAAAAUUGAGCAGCAAAAGCAAAAUAUCCAAAUUCCCUUUUCAUGGCCUGGUGUGGGUCGCGUGCGAGUCCGCUUCAACAAGUUAUUGCCUACGGGUGAAAAAUUCUUGCGUUUAAUUUUAUCCCAACAACGACAUUGCAGCGCUGUACGCCGUACGUGUGAGUGGAGUGUUGUUCAUAAUUAAGCUGAGCGUUGUGCGGACGUAAGGGAAGCCCCCACGCAGUGCAGAAGUGCAGAAAACGUGGCCCCGGACAGGAAAUCAACGAAAGCUAGACCACCCAAAAUGAUGACUCGACGGAAAUCGGUCCACGAAUCGACGAUGCAGGCGCAACUACAACUGCAAGAGCGUGCUGCCGAGGAACAGCUAACGCUUGGGGCACUUGCGUCCGGAAUCGCCAACAUACUUGGUCCAUCGCAAAGCACUCACGGAGCCGGGCUUAAUCACAGCUCGACAGGACCGACCAGUACUGCGGGGACAUUAACGCAACAAACACAAUCGAAGCAGGCGAAUGGUAUGGAAACUGUAAAAAAGAGCUCCGGUGUAUCGCCGACAACAUCAGCUACAGCGACUGCAACUAGCAGUAGUAACCUCGCAACAAAACAUACCGCCAUUGGUCGAAGUAAAACACCAAGGAUCUCGAAAAGAAGCGCACCGAUCGAUGUACCACAAUCAACAGGGGGAAGCUCAGGGACAAACACAACUGUGGUACCCAGCAGUACGAUUGGUUCCAAUACCACGCACGGAACAGGAGGAGCUAACACAACGACCUGCCCGAAUCCGGUACAGCAAACACUCGCACAGAACGGUAUGGAUCCGGACGAGAUACCGAAGUUCAAGGGUUACCGUAUCAUCGAGAUAGAUCAUUUCCUGCAGUGGGCCGCCUACUCACAGUUCAUGCAUUCGAAGCACUGCCCCGGUGGACUGCUAAAGCCGUACCAGGAAUACAUAAGCGGUUGCUAUUCCACGUUCGCGAUGAAGUGUAGCAAAUGUUCCGCGAUCAUAACGCGCUCGUCGGAAAACUACAUUCACCAUAACAAGCUGAUGAACCGGCUGGUGAAGGGUACGGUACAGCUGGGCAAGGAUUACGACGAGAUGCAACAGUUUAUGGAAUCGCUCGAGGUGCCGUUUGUAACGCGCGAAGAGUUCCAAUCGAUCCGGGGCCAGGUUAGCUCUUCGCUGGAAGAUCAAUCGUCAUUGCAGCGAGCGGUGGAGGAACUAGAACGGGCUGCUUCGGUUGCUUCGAAGCGAAAGCGGCACGGUAGCUGCAAGUAUCACUACGAAGUGCUGAAGGUGUAUCUGAAUAAGAAGAUGAAGAAAAUUGAAGAAAACCUUCAACUGUCGGUGAACGAUUCGGUAGCGUUGGCGGUGAAUGCACAUCUGAAGAAUGUGUCUCACGUGCAGUUAGUUCCCAAUGGUCUCACUAACACUAGCGCAAACUGUACGACGAUCAGUGGUGUAAACGGUGGCAUUAGUGCCACCACGUCUAGCAACAGUAUUGGAAACCUCGCAAUCGGAACGAUUAAUGUACAGAGCGUCCCCAUAGCAACGCCGUUGAACGGAAGCAACAACAGUAACAGUAGCAACAGUAUGUACAGCAGUAGUAGUAUGAGCAACUGCAGCCGGACCGGAGCUGGCAAUGCUACCGUUCAACUGUCCCUUCCCGAGCCAACGAUCGGUGGUGUGGUCGGUGGACGAAUUCCGCCGGCCAAUCGUGAACAGCAUCACUGACCACUGGAACAGUUGGAAUGGUUGGGCUACUGGUUACCGGACGGAUAGGUACUGUCGUAAGGUUCGCUACACGCGGGCGCAAUCGCCCAAACGAUGUGCCAACGUGGACAAAAUGGACAAAACAAAACAUUCGGGUAUCAGAACGUAUCUCGUCAUUUGCUUAAAAUAGUACUGCGAUCUUAUCAAACUAUAAACAAGUAGUUAUAAACACGAGCACACACUAAUCGGAUGCAUCGGAUCUUGCAUCCGGUAGAACGAUAUUACCUUUAGUUUUAAUCAUAUUUUUCUAAGAAAUCGCUUGUUAUUCAAACGAGCAGUUAUAAGUGGUCGAAAGAUGACGUCGAAUGGUAUGUGUUUUUUAAAAAGAGAUAAAUGAAAAUAGUCGAUAGAAAGGCAUCAGGGUAAUCGAAUACCGUAGAUGAAAACGAUGUGCAAAACGAGAUUAUUAGAAGGAGAACACGUAAACGUAAACAUAUUGAGUGGUUAGUGGACUCUACACAUAUAUACAGUGAUUAGUGGACAAACGUGUCCGAUGUAAGGGACCCUUAAUAUUCACGAAAUGAAUAUUACCCGUUAGCGAUAAGCGAUAAAGCAUACCGGAAAAAUCGGAUAAUUUCUUUAUUUUCCCAUUCCCUGUAAAGGCACAUAGUCGCUUUGGGUAUUGCGAAACUGGCGUAGGCAUUUUCACUCCCUAAGGAGCAUUAGUUUUCUUGCCAACCGUAUUGUAACUAAGACUUAAAUCCUUGCAAGCAAGCGAUCAUGAUCGUGUUUUCAGUUUUAACCAAUAGUUCCUGUUCCAGAUGUUCUUCUCAACGUUUGUUUUAUUUUGUCGCAACACCUUGGAACGAGGGUUUGUUCUGUAGCGAAACGCAACCUCGAGUUCCUUGCGCUGUGUAAUAUGUCGUACUUAAAAUAGCUCUUACUUUAGAUCGCGCUCAUUGAGUGAGUCGAGUAGUGAAAAGAUAUUAUUUACCUCAUACACAUUUUACUCCUUUAUUAUUUACACCCCGCAUACAUGUAAAAUGUGUAAUGUAAUGCGCUAAUGUUAAGGUAGAACCAAAUCACAGGGCAACAAAUCGUGUCGGAUUAGGUAGUUUU